UUUUAGUCCCUGGGUCGGUCUGUCCUACGGGGAGCAAUCGCUGUCCAUCGGUCGGCGCUCUGCCCGCCCGCCGCGCAUCUGCCCUUCUCUCCUGACUCCGCCCCGCAUCUGUCCGGAACCGCCUCGCGUCUGAGCUGACCCAGUGCGCGUCUGCCAGUCAGUCCCUCCGGACCCGCCGCGAGUCUCGGGCUGCCGAAAUCACCGCGCGUCACUCGCCUCAACAGUGAUUCUGAGUCUGCUUUUAGCUUCCUUCGCCUUGGCUUUUUGCUGUUUGUGAACAGCUGCUUGGCCCAUAGCUUAGAGAAAGCAGCUUUUUUUUUCUCUCUCAAGAGAGCCUCCUCCCUGUGCUCAGAGAAAUGGGGAGUGGGGAGCCUAAUCCUGCUGGCAAGAAAAAGAAGUACCUCAAGGCUGCCCUGUACGUGGGUGACUUGGACCCAGAUGUCACCGAGGACAUGUUAUAUAAAAAGUUCAGGCCCGCUGGCCCUCUGCGCUUCACCCGAAUCUGCCGUGACCCGGUGACCCGCAGCCCCCUGGGCUAUGGCUAUGUUAACUUCCGCUUUCCUGCGGAUGCUGAGUGGGCCCUUAACACCAUGAAUUUUGAUUUGAUCAACGGCAAACCAUUCCGCCUGAUGUGGUCUCAGCCAGAUGACCGCUUAAGAAAGUCUGGCGUGGGAAACAUAUUCAUCAAAAACCUGGACAAAUCCAUAGACAAUAGGGCCCUGUUUUACUUAUUUUCCGCUUUUGGUAACAUUCUAUCCUGCAAAGUCGUGUGCGAUGACAAUGGCUCUAAGGGUUAUGCCUAUGUGCACUUUGACAGCCUGGCCGCUGCCAAUCGGGCCAUCUGGCACAUGAACGGGGUGCGGCUCAACAACCGCCAGGUCUAUGUUGGCCGAUUCAAAUUUCCCGAAGAGCGGGCGGCUGAAGUUAGAACUAGGGAUAGAGCAACUUUCACCAAUGUUUUCGUUAAAAACUUUGGCGAUGAUGUGGAUGACGACAAACUGAAGGAAAUUUUCAGUGAGUAUGGGCCCACGGAGAGCGUUAAGGUGAUAAGAGAUGCCAGUGGGAAAUCUAAAGGCUUUGGCUUUGUGAGAUACGAGACACACGAGGCUGCUCAGAAGGCUGUGUUAGACCUGCAUGGCAAGUCCAUCGAUGGGAAAGUCCUCUACGUGGGGCGAGCACAGAAGAAAAUUGAACGUCUGGCUGAGUUAAGGCGAAGAUUUGAGCGGCUGAGAUUAAAAGAAAAAAGUCGUCCUCCAGGGGUGCCCGUCUAUAUUAAGAAUCUGGAUGAGACCAUCGAUGAUGAAAAACUGAAGGAGGAAUUUUCUCCCUUUGGAUCAAUUAGCCGGGCCAAAGUGAUGGUGGAAGUGGGGCAGGGCAAAGGGUUUGGUGUCGUCUGCUUCUCCUCUUUUGACGAAGCUACCAAAGCAGUAGAUGAGAUGAAUGGUCGUAUAGUGGGCUCCAAGCCCCUGCAUGUCACCCUGGGCCAGGCCAGGCGCAGGUGGUGAGAAGAAGAAUGCCCAGUUUGUUUCAGCCUUAAGCUGGUGCCUGCUUAGUUUGGGCUACUUUGUGAUAAGAGGUUAUUUUAUGCCAAUUCCCAGGUUUUUUAAGUGAAUACUUUCUUUUG